GGAGUGAUGAAUAAUAGACCAAAUAUGAUGAGCAAUCUGGGUGGGAAGAGAAAGGAGUUUGAAUCUGAGGGGGUCAGUUUGCAAAAAAGCCAACCUUUAUUAUUAUUGGGAGGAAGUCCAAACGCGCCUUUAGGAUUGCAAGUGCGCCGCCAGCCUGAGAGUACUACACGUCGUUGUUCCCAACAAAACAGUUUUGCCAAGGAUGUUAUCAUUUCAGCUGCCGCCCGUUUGCAUGGCGGCGGCGACGGGGGCGUCCUCGGUGUCACUAUAACCGGCGGUGGUGAUGAACUUCCUCUUAACCAAUCAUCAUUAACGGCCUUGACAUAUGACAAUGUGGAAACAGCCAUUGGAUCUUUGCAACAUGAGCCGCCGCCGCCGCCGUUGGUAAACAACAAUUAUGAAGGUCUACAAACAGGAAAUGACCGAGCCAUGCAUGGCGGCGGCGCCGUCCACGGCCUCACGACAACCGGCGGUGGUGAUGAACUUCCUCUUAACCAAACAUCAUUAGCGGCAUUGAUAAAUAACAAUGUGGGAAUAGCCACUGAAUCUUUACAACAUGUGCCUCCGCCACUGUUUGAGAACAAUAACAAUGAAGGGUGCACAAAUGAAGACAUCCCUAGUCAGAAUGAGACACAAGACAGUGUGAUGAGGCACACCAAUGAUGACACCACCAUGAAUACUAAUGAUUCAUCACCAGUGUUAUUCGAGUAUACAUCAUUGGACAUAGUGGACGUAGAAGCAGUAUGGGCCUUUCUAUAUGAAGACGGAGAAGCUUCCGUGACCGUCAAUGAACAAGAUGAAGAGACGCGUGGGGAGUCGGAAUAUGAACGCGAGUUAGAAAGAACUUUUGAAGACAUUAUUGAGAACCAACCAAUUUUGGGUUCAUCUUUUGACAAUUUUUUGUUGGAUGGUUCGAUUUAAUUAAUGGCGGCCAAGAUAGAGAAUUAAGGUUAGGUUAGGCAUGAAAAGAUAAACAUAUAUCUACAUUACUAUUUGUUUGUUUGCUUCAUACAUUAAUUACAAGAAUAAAUAUACUUUGUUUCUCUCUAGUUCUUUCUCUCUUAGUUCAGUUUUUUAUUAGAAGCUUUAUUGGCUUCAUCCACCAAUUCCGUGGACGUUCUAUUUCGGAUUUUCUGUCUAACAAUAACAUUUCUCAUAGAAGUAGGACUUGUAUAAUUCUAAGGGAAGAAU